AUGUUGGGAACACAACUAAGCGUGAGAUCAAUAUGCUUUGGUUUCUUGUUAUCUUUGAGUUUCAGUUCGCUCAUUUACCAGGGAAGUUACUGUGAAAACACCACCCAACAACCUCUCACCACUGCAUACAAAACCAAUGUUGAGAGAAUCCUCUCAUUGAUGAUCUCAGAUGCAGCCACAAGCAAAGGGUAUAACUACACCACCAUAGGAAACAACAACACUGUGUAUGGCCUCUACGAUUGCCGUCGUGACGUGGUUGGAUACUUUUGUCAAUUCUGUGUCUCUAAUGCUGCCCUAGAAAUUCCUCAGCACUGCCCCAAUAGAGUGUCUGCUAUGGUGUGGUAUGAUUUCUGCAUUCUGAGGUACUCAAAUGAAAACUUCUUUGGAAAAGUUCUUACACACCCGACAUGGCAUGCUGUUGGAAACAAAAACAUUUCAAACAAGGAAGAGACUAAGAAAGCUGAGGAUUUUAUGAGAAGCUUAAUCAGAAAAGCAACAAUGGAAACCAGCAUGUUGUACUACGUGGAUGGCUUCAACUUGAGUUUCACUCAAUCAAGGUAUGGCUUGGUGCAAUGCACUAAAGAUCUCACAAAUGAUGGAUGCAGAGAGUGUUUGGAGGCAAUGUUAGCAGAGGUUCCCAAAUUUUGCACACAAAAGUUAGGAUGGUUCAUUUGGUCUGGAACUUGUAUGAUAAAGUAUGAUGACUAUAUGUUCUACAUUCCUAACGACCAAACUUCUUCAAUUCCUGUGUCAAAUCCGGAAACAGAUAAACAUGGAGGUAACAAGAGGUCAAAAAUCUUGAUCAUCAGCUUCUAUGUGAUGGGGUCAACAACCCUACUAUGUUUGGGUGUAUAUUUAUUCUUGUACAGAAGAAGAGAUGGAAUUCGGCGAUCAUCAUUUCAUAAAAUUCAAACCGAGGAAAUGUUGAAUACUGACCUGCCUAUAAUCCCAUUAAUCACAAUUCUACGUAGCACUGAUACCUUUUCAGAAGCAGCUAAAUUGGGGGAAGGUGGAUUUGGCUCUGUUUACAAGGGAAUUCUACCAGAUGGAAGACAAAUAGCAGUGAAAAGGCUGUCAGAAUUUUCUGGUCAAGGUUCAGAGGAGUUCAACAAUGAAGUAAUGUUCAUAGCUAAAUUGCAACAUCGCAACCUUGUAAGACUCUAUGGAUGCUGCUUGGAGGAAAAAGAAAAGAUACUUGUAUACGAGUAUAUGCCAAACUCAAGUCUCUACUUUCACCUGUUUGAUGAUGAGAAAAGAAAACAACUUGACUGGAAAGUAAGAUUAAGCAUUAUCAAUGGAAUAGCAAGAGGUCUUCUAUACCUUCAUGAGGACUCUCGACUCAGAGUAAUUCAUAGAGAUCUCAAAACUAGCAAUGUUCUAUUAGACCAUGACAUGAAUCCCAAAAUAUCAGACUUUGGAUUGGCAAAGGCAUUUGAAAUUGGACAGAACCAAGCAAAUACAAAGCGAAUAAUGGGCACUUAUGGAUACAUGGCUCCUGAGUACGCUAUGCAAGGAUUGUUUUCAGUGAAAUCUGAUGUUUUCAGCUUUGGAGUUCUAGUUCUAGAAACCAUUUGUGGAAGAAAAAACAAUGGAUUCUAUCUGUCGGAACAUGAUGAGACUCUUCUUUUAUACGCUUGGAGAAUAUGGUGUGAAGGAAAAUGUUUGGAAUUGAUGGACCCAAUGCUGGAAAAAUCCUUCAAAGCCAGUGAAGUUGAGAAGUGCAUACACAUUGCGUUGUUGUGUGUUCAAGAAAAUGCAACAUACAGACCAACCAUGUCAGAUGUUGUUGUAAUGCUAGGGAUUGACAAAUUAAACCUUCCAAAACCCAAGCACCCAGCAUUUUCUGUUGGAAGAAAGUUCUUAGGGGAUGAACCAAAAUCAAAAAGAUCCAAGAAUCUUCUUAAUACUAAUGUAACAAUCUCUAUUACUUUACCAAGGUAAUGUAUAAUUACGAAAAGGAUUUGUCUCUCCUCAAAAGUGACAUACUAAAGUUGUAUUUAUCAGAAAUAUAAAUGUAAGAAGUAUCACACGGAUCAUUGUUAUCAAUGACUGAGAUUUAUUC